AUGGCCGAUCAAAGUUCUCCGGGGCCAUUUGUGAAGAGUUUUCAAGGAAAGUCAGAGAUUACUUCCGCUGAUUUCCUGAAGAUUUUCAAGAAAUUUGAUACAGACGGUGAGUAUUUUUGAAAUAUUGCCAUCAAUUUGGAGAGCAAACAGUUGAAGGUUUAGCAUGCGAGGCCGUCCAACAGUCGAAUUUUUUCACGGCAUAGAUUUUCUUCCCACAUUUCUCGCAAGAGUGCAUUAUUUUUGCUCUUUUCGUCGGUAAACCAGAUUGUUUAGAUGACGAACGGCGUGUGCUGUAAAAUUGACGCGAAAUUUAUAGGCUUAAAUCAGCUUUAAUGACAACUCAAAGAAAAAGAAAUUCUGUAGAUUUGAGUAGAGGCGUGAACCGUAUAAAGGUAUAAUGCAGUUAGAAAAUUAAACACAAAGGUUACUGAUCAUUGGUAGGAAUAUGCAAGUCCGAUGAAAAAGGAAAAAAAAUUUUAAGGUACAUCCAUUCAGCCUCUGCCCUGUAAAAUAGAUACUUUAUUUUAAUGCAAAUGUGCUUCAGUAUCUUUGUUUCUCGGGGACACUGUGCUGACAAUCAUUAGCAUAACCUAGAGCACAACAGUUCACCUCACUUGAAGAGAAUUUCUUUCUCGCCACUGGGCCAAGUGACAAAAAAAUAAUUACGCUUCUGAGCUUGAAUUAUUCAUUUCGCUGCGGUUGAUUUGUCGAUUUCCUCAUAAUUCGAAAAAAAUUUGGGACUUGAAUAAAACAAAUAAACGAUAAUCCUUUCGUUCAGGCUUCAGUCCCACUUUAUCGCUUUGGCUUGAAAAUGCAUUGCGUUUUCUGUGCAGGCAGAUAGCGGAUAUUGCCAAGGUUAGCCAUGAUUUUAAGAAUUAAAGGUUGUAAAUUUUUAAUGAGUAACAAAGGAUUAACUUUCAUCCAUGAUUCCAUGUGGAUUUUAGUCAUACGAUACCCUUAAAAAGUUCAGAUUUUCUAGUACUUGUGUCCAUUGUACAUAAUAACUUUCUUUUUUCAUAUCAGGAAUUAACGCUAAUGAAGUUUACUAUGAUUUCGUGUUUUCACCACCACACCCAUAGGCGUAUAAAUAAUAUAUCGAGGCAAAACAGGAACAUUUUUAAUUUAUCAGGUUAUGCCGAAGGAAACGACAAGUAUUGCCUCAUCAACAUCCGAGAUAAACAUGAACCAUACAAAAACCCUUUGACACGACUGUUAAAAACCAAUUAAAAUAUCUUUAAACUAGCUUCAGAGCAGUUCAGUGCCGUUUAAAUGAUAUAAUAUUUGCCAGAUCUUUUGAAAGUGUAAAGUCGACUUCUGUUGUUUUUGGGGGAAAAUUGAGUCCUAAGCUGAAUACAAGUUUUCGGGUUGCAGAAUUAUGAUAAAACUACGUCUCAUAUUGUCAAGAAUAAACAGUCACAAAUCAAUAUAAAAGAAAUUAAAGAUAAGCCUGUGUGGAAUUGUUUAAAUUCACGCACGUUUGACAUGCAGAUUAUCGAUUAAUGUGUUCAGAGCUAUUUCUCUGUCUCGGAAAAAGCUGUCAAAUGUAGAGUGUAUUUGAAUUAAUCUAGAACAUCACCUAGGAGAUGCAGCAAAGGUAAAAAAAAUACGAAAUAUUAACAUACGAAGCCAGGUGAAAAAAAGAUGUACCAUAUUUUUUCCGAUAAUAACGCCUUUAGUAGCGGAGAGCCGUAUGACAAAUAAAGAUGUAAGCUUCAAAGUAAUACAAGAACUAUGAUAUUACCUCAACGAAAAAAAGUGACAAAUAAAAACAAAAUCUAUGAAGAGUCAUAAAAGCUGUCAUUCUCAUUAUGCAUGGAGGAUCGAGUGUAAACACAACCAAUUAUGGUGUCAAUUUGGCUUUUUUCGCAAACUAAAACAAAAGCUUUAUAUAUGCUCGGACAGUACAAAAUUAUUCGUUAGAAGCGCGAAUCUAGCGUUGAUGAUCGCUUAUUUAUUCAUUGAGGGAACAUCUCAAAAUAUGUCACCCGUUAUAUGCGAAGUGUUUAAUCAGCCAUGUCACCAGUACACUCGAGAAUCGGAAGUUUCCAGAGAACUUACUUGUGCGAUAUAUCGGAAUAAGCUCUACUUGAUCUCCUCUGUGUAAUUAAUAAUUCAUGAGCUACACCACGGUGUUAGGUCUAUGUGUAAUUAAAAUAAACCUACUUCACAGCAUUUUCCUCGCAUUUAAUUGCUCGCUGCUUUCUGGAGCGAUGUAAACUAUGUAUUAUCAUUUUUUAAUCUCUCCCUUUCGUUUACAUCUUAGAAAAUGGUUUUAUCGAUGCUGGUGAACUGGAUGACUUCCUCGUUGCUCUGGCAAAGGAAAACAAAGGGGUACAACUUUCAUUCUUUCAUUUUCUAAUAUCAUCAUCAUAAAUUUUUGACCCGAAUCUCGUUCGUUUUACCGGAAACGAAAUCGUAAAUGAGAUAUUAUGUUUGAUCCUCUGACUCAUUCUUAAAAGAUAGGUUUAGAGGUCUCCAAUAGGGGUUUAACGGCUUUAUGACUUUCCCGGCCCACUACUCUGAAAGCCGUAUAAAGUUUACAGAAGUAGAUAGAUAUUUUUACUAAAAUAACACUUUGCGGCUAAAAAACUGAAUUGCGUGUAUAAAUUGUGUGUGGAUCUUCGUAUUCUGCAGCGACACUAUCCCAAGUCAAAUCCUUGAUGAUUUUCCUUCCACAUCAAGCGUUACUAUAUCAAUAUUGUGCCAGUCAUAACAUCUGUCUCAAUCAAUAGUUUUGCAGGAAUAAUGUCUGAUUGUAUUUCUAAGUUUUGUCGAGGAAAAAACAAAGACGAAAACACAACAAACAGAUGGCGAGAAAAUAAGACCAAAACGUCAAUCUGAAAGAUCACGCUUUUUCACAAUUUCCUCUAGUCCUUUAAUAGAUAAUAACAAAGUUUUUUUCAUUGAUACAGGGCAAUCCAGACGCGAAUGAAGUUGCACAGAUGAAGAAGACAAUUCUCGAGAACUACGAUGAUAAUUUUGAUGGCAAACUUGAUCUGGAAGAAGUAAGUUCACUAUCUCUUUGCUUUGGCUGACUUCCACGAGGUGGAAAAUUUCAAAUACACGACAAUGUACUGUUCAACGACAGAUAGACUCAUUUGAAUUCUCAGUAGCUUCGUCCUUCAUGAGGACUUAUCUGAAAAAAAGAAAAUGAAAGGUCAUGUGGACGAAGGUGCACUCCCAACCCCCCUAGUUGUUAUUCGGGUCCAACCCUACAUGGUGCCUAAUAACACUGGAUAUUAAAAGGCAGUCUGUAAUUGCGUGUGCCUAUUGUAUUAUAGUUGUAGAGUAUGACAGUAAAAAAGCAAUGUGGUGUAAAAUGCUGAUGGGUUAAUGAAAAGCUCUUGUCGAUGCCAAAUUGUGAGAAAAGGAGGACUUGAUUUGAGUAGAGUUUAUUCAAUGGUUUAUUGAAAGGCCGGGGACAGGGCAGGAAAUUAAUAGAACAGGCAUAUGCAUUAAAUGUGCAUCAAAUGUAUUUUGUACAAACCCAGUGUCGGAGCUGAACCAGAUUACACAAGUCGACACGAUAGUCUGCCAUUUUAAAAACCGUGAAUGGUUUGAGGGGAAGGUUUACAGGAAUAUAGUGCUCACGGCCUUCGAAGAAGGAAGGCUUAGUGAGUAAAAAAAAAUCGACCUCUUUGUAAAUUGAAAGCUUUAAUCAGUAGAGUAGUCCAGACGUACUUGAAAUUUUUUCUUAUGUAUUUUCUUAACAGCUAGCUAAUAUCCUGCCCACCGAGGAAAAUUUCUUGGCCAAGUUCCAACACGCGAACACCUUAACUACUGUUGACUUUUUCAAGGUUUGAAAAUUACCUUUGUAACUCCAUUUUAGGCAGUUAAUAGAAAUCCAGCCAGCAUCAAAAUAAUUUGUACAUACCCUUAUUUCCAGGUCUGAAAAACAAAUGAAAAAAGUUGGUUUUAAACUACAGUUUAUUUAUUGUUUGAAUUCGCAUUUUACUCAGAGAAUCUUGUUGAAUCAAAUGAGUUCUGUUAAGUUUCAAGUUAACAGUUCCCUUCCUUGUAAAAGAAUUCACCUUUCUUUAUUUGUUUAACCCUGUACACGCUAACACCAAUAUCUAAGUUCUCUAAAGAGAGCCUUUUGAUAUUGUGAUCAUUUCCCUCAUUCUCAUAAAAUUGAUAUUUGAUUUAGGGCUGAUACCAUUGGGAGAAAUUAGAUGCUUAUCACUCUUGGGGUUUAAAGGAUUAAGGUUUGCGAGAGGGAUGCAGCAUCUUAAUUUACAGCGAAAGUUCUAUUUAUUAUAUCAAAGGAUCAUUCUAAUCAUUGCUGACCAUUUUUUAAGGUGUGGAACCAUUAUGAUCAGGAUCACUCAGGAUUCAUCGAGAGUGACGAGUUGGAGGUACGGAUUCUUAAAAUUAAUCUUUAGGCGAAUGAAAAUUACAGGAGAAAAUGGUUAUAAAGAGUAGGCAAUUAUUUCUCGACGAGUGGUUUGAACAAAAAUUUUAUGAAUUCAUGAAACCUAUUAGUUGUGAGCCGUCAAAAUAUUCAUACCCCUCUGGUGCAACAUGCACGUUUUGAGUUUUUUUUCUUUUUUUUUUUCACCCCUACCAACAAUAAUCACCAAAAGAGGCCUAAACCAUGUCUCUCCCAGUGUACCACUUAUGUCGGACUUCGUUCAAAAACACGUUUCUCGUGCCGCUCCACCCACGCGCUGCUCGUAAUCAGCAGGUUGUAACAAGACGCUGCUGAACCAUAUAUGGUCUUAUCUCAUAACCAUUAUUAUAAUAAAGUUCGGAUAUAACGCGCGCUGUCACUGGUUGAAAGAGCGGGCUGUCGUUCAUUCGUAAAACUCGCCUUGAGCAGUUUGUUUACUAUUUGUCAUGUGAAAACACUUACGUGUUUUUGUAAGCCACAAUACGGCCGGAUUUCACUGAACAUUUCACCUCCACAUUCUGUAUUAAAGACUAAAAAAACUUCAGACAAAAGUGUUAGAUUCGACCUGCCAAACUAUUUAAGUUUGUAAACAAUUGCAGAAUGUGAACUUCGAUGGUUUUUGAACUUUGAUGGUUUGAUAUUUUGACAGCUUUAGUCUUGUACAGCCAAUCAGAUUAUUUGAACUAUUACAACAACGAUUCUGAUUGGCUUAUUGUAUGAUACUGUUGUUCGCUUUGGAAUUAAAACUUAUUUUAAAAAUUGAAAGUAAUUCGCGGGGAAUUUCACGGAUUUAAAACGAAUAGAGAAGCCUUGGCUGUGCUCUGUUCUGUUGUAAAGCACUCAUGAAGCGGUUAGAGCACUCACUACGUCUUGUGUUUCUCCUUACACUUCUUUCGUGCUCGAACCGCUUCCUGCGUGCUUUACAACAGAACAGAGCACAGUCGAGGCUUCUCUAUUUGUUAAUCAAACAAAAAUAUAUUAUAAACUCCACUAUUCUGGGAUAUAUUCAGUUCUCUGGAUGUGAGGACCAGUGAUUGGAAUAGGCGAAGUUCAAAAGACAAGCGUAUUCACUCAAACUUUUGACUUCAUGUUCUUCGUUAGGGAUUCUUAACAGAUCUACUUGGCAGAGAUGGACAAUCAUUGAAUCCUCAAAGAAUCACUGAUUAUCAAAAGGCCAUGGUAAUGCAAUAAACAUUAAUGAUAACUCUAAGAUUUUAGGCUUUCUUGAGACCAACCACUGGAGCCCAUCUCCUAUGUUCAUGGGCUCCUGACCACCAUGACUUUAUUGAUUAUGGCUAUAUUAACAUUACUCAAAGGACUUCAUUUCAGUGUGUAAUAGAUUAUUAUGUUGGUUGCUAUCAGGGUUGAUUUCCUCUCAUUCAUUUCCGUGAUGGAAUGAUGAGUGCGGGCUAAUUUCAUGAACGGUGAUUGAUCGACGUUUGAUCGCUGUGUUCUGGUAAUCGAGUUUUGCACUCUCUUUGAAUAUGGGCAGUCCCUUCUUUGUACUAUCAAAGUCAUUUAGGAUGAAGCAUGCCUCACGUACCCCUUUUUUUUUUUUUUUUUCACCCUGCCAAAUUUACGCCGCAUUGGAAACCAAUGGAAUUUUUCGUCUGUGCGGUUCACGUGAUAAAGCUAUUUAAAUAUCACAACGAUGCUUUAUUUUGAAAAUAGUGAUUUAUUGGCUGAAUGUCGCAACGUUUAUGAUUUAUGACAUUUUUGUUGUAGUUGGAUUUGUUUGACAAAAAUAAAGAUGGAAAGCUGUCGUUACCGGAAAUGUCAAAGUGAGUCAAUAUGUAACUUAACAGAACCUACUGGCUGGUAUCAGUAAAAUGGACCCUAAAUUUUAAUUGUUGAGAAAUUUUAUGGGAAAACUAUGGUUUUUCACUUCGACUUUUCACUUCCGCAUACAGUAUCCGUCCUACUUGUAUUCCCUUUCUCUUAAUAGAUGUACUAUCCAGCACAUAGGUAAUGAGAAUACUCAAAGUUAUCGAGUAGAAGUUGUUAUCUUGAUCUAAAACCUAAUUCUCGCAACUAAUUUACAAAAACUGUACCGCAACUACGGGGGAGAGUGAACAAUCGUAUAUUAGGACUUAAAGGGCUAAAUAGCCUAAUGCAAGUUUUAUUUUAUGAUAUACAAUUUUUUUUUAAAUUUUAUCGCAGGAUACUUCCUGUUGAAGUCAACUUUCUGCUGAAGUUUGGCCGGGUAAUAACUUACAAUACUUCAUAAAUGAAGUUAGAUUUGAUAUGAGUGAUUAUUUAAUGUAACUGUAUCGGUUUAAUUUGUGGUUUUGCGUGGAUUUUUCUCAGGAUGACAUGACUGAAGCAAAGUUUAACGAGAUAUGGUCCAAGUAUGAUCAGGUAAGAACCAAAAAAUGGUCCACAAUGCUGACAUAACAUGCAUGUUUAAAGGGAAAGUUUGCACGUGUAAGUGUGCAUGCUGGGUGUUUCGCAAAUUAUCGAGGGCUCCACUGAAAACCAUCCUGGUGAGUUAGCUUUCCUCAUUAGAUAUUAUUGUUCUUGUUACAAUUAAAUCGAAGCCGUGAAGCCGAAAGAGAGAAUGGUAAGCAGAUAGAACAACGCUUAUGUUAUAGUUCAUGUCAAUUUAUGGCGGGGCAGUUUGGAAGACCAAAGUACCAUGCUCGUGAUGCCACAUUGAAAACUUGAGAAGUAACUAUUUUUGUUCCUUGAAUUGUGUUCCUAUGGUGCACCUCGUCCUUAGCGAGGCUUCAGUCCUCCGUCGGAUCAUUCCCGCUCUUUGGAACUGCGAAAGAGAUUUAUGGGAACGAUUCAUAAUAGGACGCAACGAAAGGGUGACGGGAAGGCAGCCAACACUCUUCGCGCGUAUGUGUUAAAUAGUGCUAAAAGAAGACUCGGGGCGAGUCAGACGAGGCGAAGAGGUUUUGCCUUUCCCGAAAAGAACGGGCUAAAAAAUAUCAUGUCAAAGGUGAUUUGGUUAUAGGUAGAAAAUUCUUAGUUAUUUUAUCAGAAGGUAUCCAGAAGUCUCGUACUCAGACGGUUAAGUGGUUGUACAUUUAAGUUACAAUUACACGGUAAGAUCUGAGUACGAGAUUACGUAUCCAAUAAUGUACAAUCUGUCAGUCGAUCAAUCAUAGUUCUUAUAUUUUUUGUAGGAUGGCAACGGCUUCAUCGCUGACGAGGAGUUGGAGGCUCUCCUUUAUGACAUUCUCGAUAAGGACCAGAAGGCAAUGAGUUUUCUUCUAAAAUCUUUCUUAGUUAUUCUCUAUCUCUAAACUUUUGUAACGUGUGUGAGUGAAUGGUGCAUGAAUAUAAAAGAUCUAAAAGUAUUUGACGUCAACUUUUCCAGACAGCUACGAUUAUGCUGUUCAAACUUAGGAGACAAAGUUUGAGUUUAGACGGCGGAAUUCUUAGGUUAAAACCACACUAAGACAAACGGACAGACUGCAAACAAGCACCCACUGAAAGAAAAGAAUCCGAUCGCUUGGACUAUGCAGUCCGACUGAUGAACAUACAGAAAAACAAAGACAAUACUGAGCUCAACAGACAGAGUGACAGACAGCUGGUAAAAAGGCAAAUAGACAUGGAGGUAGCCAUUAAAAAAACGGGUUUUUAAAAAGUUCUACUCACCAACACAUAAGCCUGCACUCCCUUAUUAUAAAUGCUUCAGUACGAGCGAUUCUUCGUCUGCAGGAAAUUAGGAGGCCUUUUUAUGAGCAACGCAAGCCUGCGAGAGGUCUUCAAGGGGUCUAGUCCUCAACAUUUUUGCCAGAACCCCGACAAACCUCUCCCCGACGCGCCUCAAAUUUUCCCGCGUGAGGAGGAAAGCUCCUCCUCAUCAUUAAAGAGAAUCAGAGACAGAGAGGGAAAGUUUUGGUACUGUUAUUGUUAUUGUUUUUGUUUUUUUGCAGGACAUGGAGGACCCAGGUUGUCUCAAAGGUUACAAGAACAGCAUAAUGGACAGUUUUGACCAGAACAAAGAUGGAAAACUCGGAAAGGACGAGCUAAAAAUGAUGUUAUUGGCAUGAGCAGUUAGUGAUCUAUGAAAAAAUUUCAAUUCCAAUUCAAGUCGAGUAAAUGUGAUAGGUAGUAUUUUUUCUUCUCAGCCAGCAAUAUUUAUGGCUCAGUUCUGAAAUUGUUUUUGUCUUUUUUAGCAUGACGAAUUUGCUUCCUCCUAACCUGAAUUAGUUAUGAAUUUGUUCUUAUUACAAAAGGUCAUUCCCAGGAGAGUGACAAGAGACUGUUUACUCAGUGUUCCUGGUAAGAAAACUACGCGCCGAUCAAUUCGAAGCUUCAACAUCCCCCUGGGCAACCCAUAGGCAUUUUGACCGUCGUCCUUGUCCAGGGUCCGGGGAUGGUGAAUUUGAACCUUGCCUGGGUGGAGUGGGAAAUUUGAACGAGAAGUGUGAAGUCUUUCCAGUGGAAUACACGUAUUUUAUCUUUUAAUAUGGAGGUUUCAAAGGUAAAAAGUUAACUUUUGAGAACAGAUGGCGCAUGGCAAAAACACCACAAGAAGGCCACGGUCGCUGAUCUUGCCUUUUACAAAAGGUUGACCAUCGAAUUCGGUCCCUAGGUAAGCAUCUUCGGGAGGGUUGUCCGGGGGGAAAUGCUAAAGCUUCGAAUAUAUUAUGCACGAGGUAUAGUUAUACCAAUUUAACAUUAAUAUCUAAAUGCAAUUAUUUAGCCUCUGUAGGCCAUACAGCACUCUUUGUAACGUCAAAGAAAUAAUAAAUCAUAAUCAUUCAGUUUGAUUCCGGUGUUUUUGAGAACAACACGGCAUGUGGCGUUACCAAACGUCACGCUAUGUAAGUUAAGCAUGGCAAAAUGCCACAAGUUUGAGCCUGAACUUGUUUGGCGGAAAAGAUUUCAUUGAAGAUCUCAGGCUGUCUCUGCAAUAGACAUUGGUCGCUAUAAGGUAUCGGAGGUACGUGGGUUGUUUACAUGAACUUAGUCACAAUAACUUGUUUUGAUAGCAGCGCACGUUAUAGAGCAUAUGUUACAGACAUGCAACGAGUGUGACAGCGACUGGUCGCCUCUUUUCACAGACCAUCUGUUUUUGAGUCAAAGCAUAAUCGUCCACAGCCCGAACAAAAUAAGGGCCACAGGCCGGGCUUGAAUCAAAGCGAAUUCAAGCGUGGGGAGCGGGGGAGGGUAAAGCAAAACUUUUUCAUGGGAUGUCUGCGGGUGCUAAAGAACAUGAAAAAAUAAACAUAACCGAUCCGACCUAUUUCCUACUAAGGAAAUACUAACACGACUUUAGCGGACCGAGUGCCAACAACUUAAAACAACCACUAAAUCAGAUUGAUUUAUUUCGACGUUUUCAUCCAAUCUCUCCUGGCUGGACGUGCUGGUUAUUCCUAGGUACCAGUAAAAUUACGAUCCGAACGAUCGUGAAUCAGCAGAUUGGCAAAAAAUUUCAGGGGAGCAAUAUUCAAAAUUCAAGCUUCAAUCUUCCCACUCUUCGGAAGCAGCACAUUUAAAGCUUAAACCGCUGAUUUAUCACAAAAUUUAGGGAGUACCACCGAAAGGAAGGUGUGAAGGGGGUGGGGUCGGAUCUAUCUCCUGCCCGAUGAAUGAAGUAUACAUCCAUACACGCUAAGAAUGAUCGCCUUUUUAUCUCCUUACGACGUAUCAGGGUGCUUGGCAGGCGCCUAUAUAGCGCACUUAAAACGAACGGUUGGCAGACAAAUUACGAGAGAGCUCACAUCGUCUCACGUGCCAGUCAUUCCCUCUCCGUUAAAUCACUGUUUAAGCUAAUUUCAUCACUCAAAAGAUUUUCAAUUUGCUCAAGAAGACUUUCAUUUUUGAAAUACUUAGGCAUCGUUCUAGAUCAAUUUUAAGUCCUAGGAAAAUUCAAAGAAUCUGUUUCACUGAUAAUGUUUAUAAACUUAUUGUGCAACUUUAUAUCCCUUCGACCCCACGGGUUCAAAUAAGCACGAACAAGUUCAAAUUCCAUCUUUCAUGAUGCUGCACUGCAAGUUCCGGUAUAUUUUUAUAGCGCGAUAAACACACGGUAUGAUCUUGAUUUGAUUUCAUUCCAGGCCCCUAACUAACCGCAGUUGAUAGGUGAGCUUUCCGAUAUAUCAUUUUUCGUCAAGUUCAUCCAAUAAUAUCGGCGAAAACGAUUGAUUUUGUUCAAGUGUGAACAUCAUUUGUCGCGGUCAGCUGGUAAAGUGGUGUUUGUUUACAUUUGCAUGAAAAGCUCCCUGUCUGUGACAAGCUCUCGUCGCCAGUUACCGUGGGGUUUCUUGACGCACGCAAGAUGGCCUCAUCGCAACCGAAGAAGCCUUUUGUGACUAAAUAUCAUGGCAAAACUCAGCUAACAUCGACUGAGUUUAUGGAAGUUUUUAGGAAAUUCGACAAAGAUGGUAAGCUGUAUUUUAAUUAAGCAUAAUUUUAGGCGGCUAUGGAGAGGGCAGCUGCACGAACUAGUCGUUGGCAGAUCUUCGUGUCAAUGUCCAGAAACCCUUUCACCUCUCGUGCGAUUCGUUUGGGAGUUUCUUUUUUUUCCAAAUAUCGUUUUAAAUUCUUCAAGCACUGGCAAAGAGAACUUUUGAAACAGACUAUGUUUAAUUUUCGGUGGAUUUUCCGAGCAGAUCGGUGGAAGUGACAGUAACCAGUCCGAAUAAGUAUUCAUCACGUAGAAAAUUUAACUUGAAAUAUAAUUCCACAGUUUUAGCUCCAUUGCAGGGUCAUUGGGAAAUGUUGCUUAAAAAAUUCACCAAGUUGGCAUGAAUUUAGCCUGGUUGAAAGUGGGAUACUCCUCAAAUCUUGAACACUGCAUUUAUGAAAAAAAUAUUAUUGAGUUCACAAUACAAUCAAAUUCUACCUCAACAUUUGCAUAAGUCACAGCUGACAUGAAACGGGUGGAUUCAAAAAAUGUUUAAUCAUGUUUUGGCUGCUUUCUCGCAUUUUAGAUCGGAAAGGAAAACAAUGUCGGUUUUUCUCCACGUAAUGUUUCUCCAAGGGAGAAAUUCAGUCCUCGAGCAAUCACCAUGUAAAUUAUACUCCGACCGUUUGCCGCAAAUGUAUUAUAUAGCUUUAUUCAUUUCACAACUUCACGACCCGUUUAGGGAAACAAAGAAACAGUUCCUCAAGCAGUUUAUGAAAUUCUAAUUUCAGGUAACGGCUACAUUGAAGCAAGAGAAUUGGAUCCCUUUCUGCAAGAACUUUUCGAAGCGCGAUAUCAUGUGAGUGUGCUAGAAAUAUUGCUUAACUAAUGCUUUUUUUUUGUCUUUUUGAAUGUUGUGUCGUUGUCACAAAGAGUUUUCGAAAGGAAACCCUAAGGUUAAAUUCCAUGGAUGAUAAAGUAUUUAUUGGACACAGAAAAUAUACGUGAAGAAGGCAGCCCACCGAAUGAAAUGAAAAUAAUUUUAAUGGUAAUCCGUGUGUUUAAAAUGAAUUAUUUAUUUCGUGUGGUCAGUCAUAUGAGAUAAAACUGAUCACAGAGGGUUAAUUAAUGGUUAAAAGCUGUUAAUUUUUCGGUAACGCAAAACGACGUCUGAUUGAGAAUGUUUCCACUCAGACAACAAUUUUCUACUGCAUCUUUCAAAUGGUAAAAAAAUUUAAUCGGUGGAUGACAUGUUUACGAUUUCGAUUAUCAAUUAGCAAUGCUUUUUUAAAAGUGAGCUUAAGAGUUGGACCGCAAGAAAAAUGAAGGGUAAAAUAUUUAUCAUACAGCCUACAAUAAGAUUUUGUGUUUUUCUUCAUAUUCAGACUUUUGUUGUACGAAAUCUUUUAGGGAGCCUUAAAGCGUUUUUCGCAGAUUACCGAACCGAGCCGAAAACUAAGUGAAAGAGAGUAAGCACAAAUGACUGAGCCGAUGUCCCUCCGCUUCAUUCUUGCUCACUCUCUGGAUGUUUCUAAAUCUUUCGGAAACUUUUGUUGAUUAGCUUUUAUUUUGAAUAUGGCAUUGCCUGGUGCUUAUUUUAUCUUUGCUGAACGUUGUUCAUUCCUUCCGCUAAAACAAGAAACAAAUAAUCGCCUUUUUUUUUUAUAACACUUUGACGGAAUUACAAGUCGCGGCAAACAGCGAAUAAAUUAACAGAAAUUGUUCAUUAACAAAAACUGUUACGAUUAACGAUUAAUUCAUUCAUGUAUGCGAUUAGCAUUUUUCAUUUUCACCAAAAGAAAUAAAGAAAAGAUUUUGCGACAACAGAAGACGUGGAGGUGCAACAAUGUAAUCAUCUUGACAAGAAUUUUAAAAUAAUGAACCAUUUUGUUAAUCCACAUUAUCCAGCAAAAGAUAAUGAUACAAAAGGAAAGCUUGUGUAAUAUCACUUUUGAUGACUAGAGAUAAAAGCCAUUGACACCGUCAUGAUGAUUCAUCAUUUACUGUAAACGAAAAAGUACAUUCGCUUCAAUCAUUUUGCCAUUUAUUUAGAGGAACCAACAGGGGGAGGGGUGGGGGGUAUAGAGAAUUAGAAGUGCAUUGCUCCCUCCCUCCCUCCCUCGGUUUUAACCCUUUCAAUAAACUCUUAUAACAGUAUACAUAAUCUCCAUACUGUUCUCUAUACAUUUGCUUGGGUGCUGAUUAAGAGAAUUCGUCUCACAAUCAAGACCUUCCUUAGUUAGUGGUCAUUUCCGUUUUUCUCGUGACAUUAAUGUUUAAUUCUGGGAUGAUACUGCAGGGAGAAUUUAAUGCCACUCACUCUUAGGCGUCAAUAAUAUAUAGAUUUAACCAAGCCUAAAAGCGAAGCUCGCAUUUUUUUUCCCGCACGUCUCAAGGGCACAACGCCUUGCCCCGGCCAGGACUAGAACCCAGGUCGUCCCACUCGGAGCCCAGUGCAUUGACCACUGGACUACUGGACAAAGCCGUGGCGUUGGCGUGCCCGCGGUACAGUUGACUACGCAUGUUAAAAGUAGCAUCUUGUACGGUCGUACGGUCGUACAUCCAAAUUUUUUCGGCUUGAUGGGUUACUACUAUUUUUUAUAAUUAUGGGGCUACGCUCUGCGAGCUCCGCUAUUAGUCUGAUUUUUUCCCUUUUAUUUCCUCUUCCGUAGGGUUUGGCCAAAGACAAGGUGAAAGAGAUGAGAGAGCUUAUUUUAGAGAGAUACGACAAAAAUUACGAUGGCCGUUUAGAAAUUGACGAGGUUGGUAGCAGACGCCUUUUGGUUUCAUCGUAAGUUCGAAUUUUAAAACUGCUCUGUUAAGUAUAGUGGCGGUGCUUUGUUAACCUAUAUCUCCAUGUUCCGUUUGCGUUUGCAGUUGGCACAGAUCUUACCAACGGAACAGAAUUUUCUUCUCCAGUUUCACAGAGAAUCCAAACUAACCAGUGUAGAAUUUAUGAAGGUGAGGACGGUCACUUAAAUCAUUCAUUCUUAGGUCUCGUUAGCUCCUUUUCGAGAAUAGAGGAAAUAUUGCAUUAUGGGAAGAAAACGGGAAUUAAAACUUAAUUCAGUUAAUUCAACGAUGGUCGGUAGGCAAAAAUGAUACAGAAUUCAGAUGGAAGUCACUGCUCGUGUUCUGUGAUAAGAUACGUCAGUUUUCUGUGAAUGACCCCUGUACCAGUGGUAUUUUGUUGAGUUGCAGCCGGGAGUUGCGACAGGUGACUCUAACGUUAGAGAUAACGGUAAUCCGAUAUUUUAAAAAAUGUUAUUCUCCUUUCCUCUGCAUUGAUCUGAGAAUGACCAUGUCUCUCGAGUGUCUUAAUAAAGUAUUUAAGUGUAUUACUUAAGGAUGUUGAUCAAGAAAACCCCGGUUUUUUUCAGAUUUGGAAUCAUUAUGAUGUUUAUCGUGAAGGAUACUUGGAGAAAAAGCAUCUACGGGUUUGCUUACUUGAACAUUUUUUAACGAUUAUUUGCUUGUUAUGUGCCAAAUAAUGUUAUUUAUAAACUUCAUCUUAGUUAUAUCAAUGGCCAAAAUGAAUUUUUUUUUCAAGAAGCGAACUGUUUUCCGAGCGAAGCUCGAAAAAAUUAACUAAUGAAAUAAAUUUUCUUUCCUCAUGUUUGUACAUUGUGUUGCAGGGUUUCUUCAAAGAUCUAAUGACUGUAAACAAUCCACACGUUAGUCCACAAAGAAUUGAGGAGUUCGUCAAUGGAGCGGUUAAUAUCUUGCUUUUUUGUUUUAUUCUCUUUAUUUCAACAUCAAAAAGGAAAAAAAAAUAGUGUAACUGUAACUUUGUGCAUGAUUGUCUCAUCGAUAGCUGAUAUUAAGAAGAACUAGAGAAGUCUUCAAUCUUUGGCAUAUGUUGCUUUGUGUUCUCUCAUAUUUAAACACAGUUUUAAAGACUUCAUAUCAAGAAGCUCUUGCAAAUAAUGAAACUAAGAUUUCCUUGUUUCGAAAUAAGAAAUUUUUAUAGGUCUUUUCCUAAUCUAAAAGAAGUUCCUGUAAUUGCCAUCUCGCUUGCUUGUCAAGGAGACAAGCUUUUCAAAAUGAACUAUACAAGCCAGUGUGAUACCUGACCAGACUGAACAUUGCUUAAAAACUUUUCAAGAGUUGAAUUUUUUUUCCGGUUUCACAACCAGGAUAAAAAGUAGAUAUUUUGCUAUUUUUCGAGAAUGUAUGAUUCUCAUGGUUAGUUGGUCGUUGGAUCACUAUCAUACUUGUCUUUACUUAAUUUUCUUUAUUCAUUUUAUAACUUUGAACUUCAGCUUGAUUCAUUUGACAAGAACCAAGAUGGAGAGAUAGAGUUAUCAGAAAUGGCCAAGUAAGCUUUUCAAAAUAAUUUCAAGUCUAGUACUUUCGAGGCUUCGUAAGGGACGAUAUCAUAAGGGCGAUGGGCGAGGCCUGUCUAUUCAAGAGAGACCAUCCUCCGAAAUCAAGGGUAGUCGGGACUCUAAGAUAAAUUAAAGUCCUCGUAAGCUCAUUUCCCCUGAAUUUUUCAGGAUGGCUUUCAAAGCAAGCAGUCAGGGUUACCCUCCUCCAAAUACAAUUAGUCCCUCCCCUGAUGUAACGUUGGCAAUACCAUUCAUGAACCCACCCCACCUGUGUAAGGUAAUCAUUCUAUUCUUAUGUAUAAUAAAACCUCUUACCUAGCGUCUAAGGUACCAAUCAUUCUCAAGCAGUAAAAGAGGCUGUAAUUCGAUUGAUAACCGCAAGAUUAUUGCUGCAAUGUGUGGCCCCCUUAAGAUGAGGUUUAAGCCCUUUUUUCAUCAUUUACAGACUUCUUCCCGUGGAAGAGAAUUUUCUUUCAAAAUUUCAGGUAAGAAAGUUACACGCGAGCUCAUCCCGAAAGGAUUAUCGAGCAGUUUUUCUCUUUACUGCUUAUCAUAAUGCUUUAUACCUUCGCGUGCUUUUCAUAUACAGGUCAGAGAAAACCUCUCUAGAGCGGAAUUUGAGAAAAUCUGGUACCACUACGAUCAGGUAACUGAACGCGUUAAUUUAAUGAUACAUUUCUCUCUUCCCUCUUGUUGUUGUUGAUGUCGUUGUUCGUUUGUUUGUUUUCCCAAGGUUCACUAGUCACAGAAAACCUAUUUACAAAAGUGGGUAAUUUAGUGUUAACAACUGUGUUGAAAACGUAAAUUAGCCAUUGUAAAGGGUAAAAGAGCUGACUUUUCGAGCGUUAGCCCUCCGUCUAUCGCUCUAACGAAGGGCUAACGCUCGAAACUUCAGCUUUUUUACCCUUUACCGUGGCUAAUUUGCGUUUUCAACUCAGUUGUUAACACCAAAUUACCUGCUGUACUCUCCCACCGACACAGCACCACAGUUUCUUUAGAAACUUACCCCUUUAUUUACAAAAGUGAUUUAUAUUGUACAGGAUCACAACGGUAGCAUUGGCGGAGCUGAGCUUGAUGCUCUCAUAAGGGAUUUGUACAUCAAGAAUAACAAGGUAUGGUGAUGUAAUGGCAGUAUUUAUGAGAUGCUCGAGCAGAAAUGUUAUCUUUAUGUAACAUUGUAACCGCGUUUCAGACUGCUAUUCUCCUACUUAUUUUUGAGCUCAAACUGAUAACCAGUCACAUUCCAUCUGUGAACGCAGCCAGGACUAUUUAGAUAUAGGAAUAAGAAAAACUGAUCUGGUGAAAGCUAACUUCAGUACAGGUGUGGGGCCUCCCUUGCGCAGUUUUGCGUUUACCUGGUGUUUAGCUCGUUUCUUGUGUUUGUUCAGCAAUAAAGCAAAUUAGCUCGAUAAAACAGCGAUAACUAAUCUUAUGAAAAGGGUGAAAAAAGGGCAGAGAGCAACACUUUUUUUGUUGAGCCACAUAUCCCUGACUUUGAAAUAUCGCCUCUAAACUUUUUCAAAAGAAUUCACAAAUUUACGGCUUGCACACAAACAAACCAAUAAUGUGGAGUUAACUGGGUGUGAAUAAAAGUCAAUUUAGUAGAAAUUAAGAAAGAAAAAUUUUUAGGUCAAAGCAGUAGUCGUAACGCCACGAACAUAACGUUGCGUGACCAACCAUAUCGAGUUGUUUUAUCUCUCAGGAGCCACCAGACAUGAAAACCAUCAGUGACCAGCGUGACAUGAUUAUGAGGUUUGCAGACCGUGACGGUGAUGACUCGAUACAGAAGGAAGAACUGGGCUUGUUUUUCUCUGUGGCGCAGUCAAGACGAGUUCAAGAAAUCAAGGUUGAUGUGGAGGAAAGAGAAGCAGAAAGAAAAGCCGAAAAAGAUGCUGAAAAGCAAGAACAAGCGAAAAAACCUGAUGACGGAGGCUCUACUGACGGUAGCACAGGAUGUUGCUGGCUUCUGUGAUUUAAGCGAGCAAUGAAAUGCUCUGAAAUGUCCUUUACACAACUUGUCGGAGUGUCUUCGACGACAAGGCGCGUUGCCUUAGCAAUUACAACCUGUUGCCAUGGUUGCUGAAACGUGUCGGUAUAUUGAUAAAACAAAUUGACUGUGCUAAAUUAAAUUUUGAUUUGAAGCAAUGCUUAGAACUGACUACCGCAUUUGAAAGAGAAGAGUUUCCCAACUGAUGUGCUCAAUAAUUGUACGCAAAAAUCGCCAUAAUAACCACAGAUACCACUACCCCCGUCUCUGUCCUCUGACAGUGACCUGACUUAGGAAAUUAAUACAUCCAUAUAUUUCGUUUUUUGACUGCAUUAGAGACACAAUAAAG